AUGAGUAAAAAAAUCAAUUAUCCCUCUGCUGACAGAAACAAAUUUUUCAUCCUAGAAGUCCUAGAAAAGUACAUCGACAAAAAUACUCCAGCAAAAAUGCUGGAAGUCGCUUCUGGUACUGGCCAGCAGGCGGCGUAUUACGCUACUAAACUGCCCAAUUUGACGAUACAGCCUAGCGAGUAUGCAAUGGAAAUGUUUGACAGUAUCCGAGCGUAUGCUGAAGACGUUCCAGACAACAGAGUCAAAGAUCCGAUAAAAAUAGACGCUAAAACUGGACCAUGGGAAAUAGAUAAUGAUUUUGAUUAUAUUCUCAAUGUGAACAUGUUUCACGUAUCACCUUUUAGUUGUUCUGUAGGAUUUUUCAAAUAUGGUGGUCAGGUUCUCAAAAAUAAUGGUCUUAUUUUCACCUAUGGCGCUCUAAUGAUCGAUGGAGUGAUUGAACCACAAUCAAAUAUUGACUUUGAUAGGAAUAUCAGAGCUAGAGAUCCAAGUUGCGGUCUCAGGGACAUUAGAGACUUGCAAAAAUUGGCAGCAGAAAAUGGCAUUACUCUAAAACACAUGUACGAUUUGCCUGCUAAUAACAAGUGUUGUGUUUGGGUGAAGAAUGGAUAA